AUGAAGUCAGUCUCCGUACCAUACGGCACCGCAAUUCCAGGCGUCGCUGGACUAGCGGUUAGCUCAACAAGCACCAACUCCUCCAACUCUACCAACUCAUCCAGCUCUUCCGAUUCGGGAUCCAGUUCUGGAUCCAGUUCAUCUUCUUCUCGAGAUACGGCGAUCGGCGCGGGCGUUGGUGUCCCGCUUGGUGUUAUAGCUAUUGGAGCUUUGAUAUGGGCUUUCUGGGAGCGACGGGGGCGAGUGAGGGCUCUUGCUGCAGCUGGCACAAGUCAAGGGACUGCCCAGCCUUAUCAACAAAUGGCGUACCGUGCGCCGCCUGUUGAGCUGCAAGCACCUGAGGUGGAGUUGGAUGGGUCUACUGCAGCGACUGAGAUUGGGAGUGAUGGUCACCCAAAAGCUAAUAGGAUGCCUGUGGACUAG